AUGGCUCACAAAGGAGAACCUGCGGUUUUCUUUUCCAGGGAGGAUAUUGUUAAGCUUGCUGCCCCGUAUAAAUUUGUGGUAGUUGGUAAGUUUUCUCAUGGGCGGCCGAAAUUGGAUGACGUUCGCCGAUUCUUCUCCACCUUGAACCUAAAAAAUUCUGUCACCAUUGGGCAUUUAGAUGCUCGACAUGUACUAAUGCGUUUCAAUCAGGAAGCAGACUUCUUGCGUGUUUGGACUCGGGGGAUAUGGCAGAUUGGGAGAUUUCCAAUGCGAGUGUUCCAUUGGUCACCAGAUUUUCAUGUCCAGCGAGAGUCUUCGCUAGCCCCAGUAUGGAUUGCAUUGCCUUGUUUGACAAUCCAUUUCUUUGAUAAGCAUAGCCUGUUCUCCAUUGCGAGUGUAGUAGGACGGCCGCUCUAUGUUGAUGCAGCCACUUCAUCGGUUUCUCGGCCAAGUGUUGCUCGGGUCUGUGUAGAGGUGGAUCUGUUACACCCUCUUCCACAGCGGGUGUGGGUAGGAAUGUCGGGAGAGGCGGAUGGCUUCUGGCAGCAAAUUGUGGCUGAACACCUCCCGCAAUAUUGCAACAAAUGCUGGCACAUGGGUCAUGCAAGGGAGGACUGCAAGGCUGAUGACCUUUUGUUCAGGAUGAAAUGCUCGGGUAAGGAGAUUCAAGUGGCCGUGGCGGAUGAGGUGUUCCGGCAGAUUGUGGCAAGGGAGCAGGUGGAGGUGCAGACGGAUUCUGGUAUGGGUGGUUUCCAGCAAGGGGAAAGGAUGGAUGGCAAGGGUUAUGGGGGAUGCGGGGAAGGAGGGGAGACAGAUGCUAAGGAGGGGCUAGAGUCCCGAGAUGGUCAGCAAAUUAAGACAGUGGGGGAGGUAGAGGUGCAGACGGAUUCUGGUAUGGGUGGGAUGCAAGAGGAAAGGAUGGAUGGCAAGGGUUAUGGGGGAUGCGGGGAAGGAGGGGAGGUAGAUGCUAAGGAGGGGCUGAAGUCCCAAGAUGGUGGGCAAAUUAACACAGUGGGGGAGGUGUCUUGUGGUAGUGUAGGUUGCGAAGGAGAUGGGAUGGCGAUCGGGAAGGUUGAUAGUGCAGCUUCAGGUGGUACUGGAGGGCUGGUUGGGAAGAUGGGAGGGUCUGAUGGGCCGAGAAAGUUUGCACUAGCGGAUGAGGCGGCAAUGCAGCUUUGCGAAGAGCAUCGGUCAGCUUCUCCUAUUGAGCGGCAGCAGGAGGCUGAUUAG